AAUCAAAAAUGCAUUGGGACAGGGCGAGGCGAAGCCGAUUCACAUCCAAUCCAAAAUGCAUCGGACGGGACGAAAAUGCACGACAGGACGAGGCGAAGCCACACCACACCAAGUCAAAAUUAUGGCUAAGGGAAAAAGAUGCCGGAGGCAUAUCACGGGCACAAAAUCUAGUUUUAUUUAUAGGCCUAUCUUUACCACCACGACCACGAGCACCUUAAAUUCUCAAUAAGCUCGCUCUUUUGUUUUUUCCUCUCGACCUGAAGCCCUUUACCACCGAUAUCUAUCUUGUAUCCCUGUGCACAAUUUUUUUUCUUUUUUUCCGAGGAAAUAUCAACUCAAAUCUUUUUUUGUUUUUUUGAUACAGCAUUCAAUAUGAACAAAACUAGUUCUGAUAUCUCCAGAAAAGUUCCAGGUAUAAGUUCAAUGGAGGUCGAUGAACAUGAUGGUGUUCGGGUUCAUGACGUCUUCGAGAUGGAAUCCGUUCGUUCAGAAUUGCCCAAUAAUCAUGAAGAUCACAACUCAAAUCCAUCUGUUCCGACUUCAUGGAAGGAUAGGUUGAAUUCUCGAGCUCCACGAGAGGAAAGGAAAAUUGGGAUGCAAAAAUUGUUCGGAGAUAUUAUCAGACACAACAAUCGUGGGCCGAAGUUCUAUCUUGGACCUAACGGGAACAAAGUGUGGAAGAGGUUCAAACCCAAAACAGAGAGAUCUCAAGUUAUCUGUUCUCAUAGUUUAGUAUUUUCUGAUUAGUAGGUUUCUUUAACGUCGUCUGAGUGGUGAACUGUAUAAUCUUACUUAGAUUAUUACUGCAGGUGUUUGAUGAAUUUGUACUUGCCACUGUAGCGAGGCAACCCCGUGGUGAACGUGCUCUAUUUGAGUUCUUACUGAAAUAAUGAGAUUAAUAUGAUAUCAGGAAAACUCCAUAGCAUGCAUUUACUGAAAGACAUUAGCAUAUGUGCAUUGAGAUCUUGUAUCAACUGAACAAAGGUGAGGAACCUCCUCCAAACAACUAAAACAGCCUCACGCAUCCAGCAAAACAUCCUCGAGCUCAAUGCUUCACCAAUGUGAGGCUUCCUUGAGGACAUCAGGAAAGAUGCUUUUCAAGGAGAACCUAACCACUGCUGCACCCAUUAAAAAAAAAACCAGGUGUGGAUCUUCAAAGGAAGUGCCCUUUUGGUUGUAGUCUAAAAGAGAUGAUCACAGCUUAAGAGCUAUGAAGUCAUUAUCUAACAAAGAAAAGGUGCAGACUCUCUAUUAUGCCGAGUUUGAUCACUGCUUUUGUGGACAUUAUCAAUGAUUAACUUUGAAUUAGAAACAAAAGUUGUUGAAUUCUCGUUCAUCCAAUUA